AUGGGUUUUGGACCAUGGCGCGCACUCUCUACUUCUUCGCGCACAGCCGAAGGUGCGCCGCGAACGUGGCCGGUUCUACGGGCAGCCCGUCGUCGUUGCCGCCGCAGCCCUUUAGUUGGGGGCCGUCGGUGGACGCUCGCGGAGUCGCUGAACGUCGGCGACUUCGUGGCGCUGGAGACGGGCGACUACUGGCGCCCGCAGCGCGAGGGCGGCGGCAGCACGCACGCCUUUUUGCUCGCGCGCGUCAUGGAGCAGCGCGGGAGCGGCGGGAAGGGCUACGUCGUCGCGGACGACCGCGCGACGCGGACGCACGACAACGAGGAGUACCGCCCCGGGGACCCCGUCGUCCUGGUGCGCCUCUUCGACCGCACGGGCGCGGACACGCGCCGCUUCACCGUCCGCAUCUACCGCGCGAACGGCAGGAGCGUUCUCCGAAAGCUCGACUCGGGCGACGGCCGCGAGGACCAGCCCGUCGUCGGCGGCACCACCGCCGUCGCGCCACGCGCGACUUUCGUGUUCUGCAGCCCGACGCGCAGCUCGUUCCUCUCGGGCCGGCUGCCCAUUCAACACUCGCAACGACGACCCCGACGUCUGGAGUGCCGCGAGCGGCGAGGGCGCGGGGAUCGGCACCAACAUGACAGGGCUGGCAACGCGUGGGCGGGCGCGUACGAGGAGAAGCUCUUCAAGGCCGAGGCCACCGCCAUCAUCGGCGACUUCGCCGCGGCCGCGGCCGACGGCGACGACGCGCGGCUGUUUUUGUAUUACGCGUCGCACCUGUCGCACACGCCGAUGCAGGUGGAGCAACAUGUGCUCGACGCGUUCCUCAACGAGAGCGCCACGCUGUCGCUGCCCGGUCUGGGCUACGCGGCCAUGACCAACGCGCUCGACGCCGCGGUGGCGAACCGCGAUAAUUCCCGUGAAACUGUUUCUUUUGACAAGAUAGCGAAGCGAUUUAAACAAUUGAUUAAUGGCGAUUCUAAAAAGAAACCGUUGAAAGUAGAUUGGAUUUCACUUACUCAGAAGAUUUGUGGUGAAAUGUAUUCUGGCGUUCAUACUCACGAAUUGGAUGAACUUGCUGCUCAAACGUGUGCCUCUCUUAUUACAGAAUGUGCUUCAGGAGUGGUGUCAUUGACACCACUCAACGGAGUGUCUGUCAAUAUUGUCUUCAACUCCGUUUCUAUAGACGCGGGGCGCGGCGAGCGGGCUGCCCUCGAUCGACUCGCUGGACAUGUGGCUGAUGGUGAGCGGCAUGCAGAUCGAUCGACGCGAUCUCGGAGCGAUCGACACGGACACGCGCUCGGCGACGGACGCGACGCCAUCGUCCCCCGCGCCGAAGGCGAACGCGUGGCGGUUGAAGGCGAGGCGGGAGAUGUCGGCGCCCGCCGCCGCGCAGAGGGGCGCCUUCGCCGCGAGGACGAGGUGGACGAGCCAGGCCUCGUUGUGGUCGAAGCCCGUCGUGCCCGGUCGGACGGAGAUAUCGCAGCCCUCGACGACGGGCGCGCCGAGGGGCGCGGUGUCGACGGCGCCACCGCGGGCACCGAGCGCGGCCUUGAGCUCCGCGAGCGUCGCCGGGUAGGCGUCGAACGCCGCGCGCGGCAGCGACAGCCACCACCAGCGCACCGUCGAGAGGUCCGACGCUCGGGCCGCCGCGGCGUCGAAGGGCAGGAAGCCGCCGCCGCCGCCGCGCGCGGCGCCGCGGUCCGCAAAGGCCCGGGCCGUCGCAAAGACGCGUUCGAAGGUCGCGCCGCGCGCGUAGUGGUACAGGUCGUAGCGCGCGUGCACGCCGUCGCGCGACGGCGCCAGGGACGCGAGCCGGAAGGACGGGUCGGCCCACAGGACGUCCGUGCGCGCGCAGACGACCGCGUCGAAGCCGCGCAGGGCGGCGCCGAAGCGGUCGACGGCGACCGCGAGCUGGGCCUCCGCUACCAACUAACUACCCCUGAGUCGCGACCUGCUCAAAAUGAGUGGUCAAAACAGCUGCUGCAACAUAGGGUCAACGAAGCCUGUGAACCACCCGCCCUGGCCAAUCGGCAGCUGGAGGGCUGCUCGGCCACGACCUCCACUCGGUCGAAAUUUAUGAUCGAGCGUCAAAAUCACCAGUUUGCUCGAGUUCGAGAUCCAAACUGGCCGAUAGAGCCAAAACAAGCACAUUUCCGGUGGAAUCGAGUGGUCUCCCGCGGCUCCAGGGGCACUACCCCCACUACCACUACCACUACCUAA